ACGCGACAGAGAAGUUAAUUACCGGCUAAUAGAUGUGAGUGCAAUACGGUCGUUCAGUUAAAUGAGAAACUUUGUCAGUUUAGUGUAUAAAUGUAGUGUACUUAGUAAACAUCUGCCAUUUGCGUGUACCCAGUUGAGGCUAACGCACAAUCUCCAAAUCCAGCAGUGGGGGAGCAAUAAGACUCAUCGUAAAAUUAAAAUACCUAACCCUCUUCGAGAUAUAAUUAUGGCUGAUCCUAAAAUUGAAGAAAUUCUGGCGCCACUACGUGCUGCCGUAAAAGAACAAGGUGAUUUAGUAAGAAAGCUGAAAGAAGAAAAAGCGCCUGAAAUUGAUGUUAAAAAGGCUGUUGCUGAGUUAAAGACACGUAAAAAAGUAUUGGAAGACAAAGAGUUGAGCUUGACACCUGCUGAAGAAUUGUUUGAUCGCGCGAAAAUGGAGGAUCUUAUCAAGAGAAGGUUCUUCUACGAUCAAUCUUUCGCUAUUUACGGCGGCAUCACCGGCCAAUUCGACUUUGGGCCCAUGGGCUGCGCGCUCAAAAGCAAUAUGAUUCAGUUGUGGAGAAAGUACUUCAUCCUUCAGGAGCAAAUGCUUGAAGUAGACUGCUCUAUCCUAACUCCAGAGCCAGUUCUGAAGGCUUCAGGGCAUGUGGAGAGAUUUGCAGACCUCAUGACUAAAGAUCUCAAAACUGGAGAGUGCUUUCGGUUAGACCAUCUCAUCAAAGCUCAUUUGGAAAAGAUUAAGAGUGAAAAGAACACCAAGGCAGAGUUGAAAGCUGAAAUUGAAGAUAUUCUUGUGAAGCUUGAUGGGAUGACAGCUGAUGAGAUGGCUGCUCUUAUGCAAAGAUUUAAUAUGAAGUCCCCCAUCAGUGGGAAUGAACUCACUCCACCUAUAGAGUUCAACCUUAUGUUCAACACACAGAUUGGGCCUACUGGGCUGGUCAAAGGUUUCUUAAGACCAGAAACAGCUCAGGGUAUCUUUGUCAACUUCAAGAGAUUGCUGGAAUUCAACCAAGGAAGGCUACCAUUUGCAGCUGCUCAGAUUGGAAAUUCCUUUAGGAAUGAGAUCUCCCCUAGAUCAGGGUUGCUAAGAGUAAGAGAAUUUACUAUGUGUGAGAUUGAACACUUUUGUGAUUCUAAAGAUCAUCCUAAGUUUGAUUCUGUGAAGGACACUGCAAUGUUGCUGUACUCUGCCAAUAAUCAGGAGCAAGGCAAAUCUGCUGAAAUUGUUACCAUAGGUGAUGCAGUCUCAAAAGGAAUUGUAAACAAUGAAACCUUGGGCUACUUUAUGGCUAGAAUUUAUUUGUACCUUUUAGCUGUUGGUAUAGACGCUAAGAAACUAAGAUUCAGGCAACAUAUGGGCAAUGAGAUGGCCCACUAUGCCUGUGAUUGCUGGGAUGCCGAGUGUCUUACCAGCUAUGGCUGGGUAGAGUGUGUUGGAUGUGCUGACAGGUCUGCAUAUGACUUGACUCAGCACACUAAAGCAACUGGCAUCAGGCUUGCUGCUGAGAAGAAACUCUCAGCUCCUAAACAACUAGAGGCUGUUGAAGCUGUAGCCAACAAAGCAGCCAUUGGCAAAGCAUUCAAAAAGGAUGCUAAAGUUAUCAAUGAUGCUCUAGCAGCCAUGGAUACUUCUGCCCUGGAGCAGUUGCAGAAUAAAUUGGAGAAUGAUGGUGAAUUCCUUCUUAACACUGAUAAUGGAGAGUUCAAAUUAACACCAGAUCUUGUUAGUGUGAAGAAAAGCCAGAAAACAAUCCAUGUUGAAGAAAUUAUCCCCAGUGUUAUUGAACCAUCCUUUGGUAUUGGUAGAAUUUUAUAUUCUGUGUUGGAGCACAACUUCAAAAUGAGAGAAGGUGAUGAACAGAGAACAUACUUCUCCUUACCAGCUUCAGUAGCACCAACAAAAUGUGCUGUGUUGCCUCUUAGUGGCAAUGCUGAGUUCCAACCAUUUGUGAGACAACUCAAUGAGGAGCUAACAAAUGUAGAUGUUUCUCACAAAGUAGAUGAUUCUUCUGGUUCUAUUGGGCGCCGAUACGCCAGGACUGAUGAAUUGGGUGUCCCAUAUGCCAUUACCGUCGACUUUGAUACAAUAAAAGAGCCACAUUCAGUAACAUUGCGAGAAAGAGAUAGUAUGGGACAAGUGAGACUGCCACUGAAUGAAGUUCCUGUAGUUGUAAGAGAUUUAUCUGACAGUAAGAUAUUGUGGUCUAAUGUAGAAGCAAAAUACCCAAAGUUUGAGCAACAGGAGAGCAAAAGUGUGGCGGCUUAAUGACGCAAACAGUUUAUUUACUCAGCUGAUUUAUGUUGCUGUUUUUCAGCCUCUCAUUGUGAAACUAUUUAUUUAUAUUGUAAGCUUCAAUGUAAUGAACAGGUUUAAACCAGUUCUCAUGCAAUCGUUUUGUACUUUUAAAAUUAUCAUUUCAAUAUAAAUUAUCUAA